UUUUACUUUGAAAUGUCGAGGCAACUGUUACCUCCUGCCGUGGCACUUUUACUUUGAAAGGUCAGCGCUGUGCCCGGUUACUACACAUUACUACAAGGACAGCUCAGGUCACUGUAGCUCAGCCAACGUCACGUUUUCGCCAGCGAUUGUCAAGUCACGCAGGCGCCGCGAUGCGACGUGCACAUCUCCUCCUGAUCUCCUCGCUGCUGCUCCUCCUGGCCUUUCCCCUCGCGAGAGGGCGCUACAGUGACGACGACGGCGAGGACAUAGUGGACUUCGACGACAAUGACUUCGCCGAGUUUGAGGACAUGAACGACGAGCAAGCGGCGGAGACGGAAACCGCCCCGCCGCCUCGUGCCUCGCAGACCUCGAAGCCCGAGGAGGACGAAGACGAAGACGAAGCCACCGUGGAGCUGGAGGACGGCCAGGAUGGCUUCGAGGACUCGGAGACACAGGAUCAAGACAUGUACAGGAAAUAUGACCAGGAGGAGUUUGAGGGGUUUGGAGACAUGGAGGGGCCGGGCCACUCCAUGAAGGACCCCCUUAUAAUCCACACAGUUCCCGCACAUCUGCAAAACAGCUGGGAGAGUUACUACAUGGAGAUCCUGAUGGUGACUGGCCUGCUCGCCUACAUCAUGAACUAUAUCAUUGGCAAGAACAAAAACAGCCGCCUGGCGCACGCCUGGUUCAACUCGCACAGAGAACUGUUAGAGAGCAACUUUGCACUAGUGGGUGACGAUGGCACCAGUAAAGAAGCGGUGAGCACUGGUAAGCUGAAUCAGGAGAACGAGCACAUCUACAACCUGUGGUGCUCUGGCCGUGUGUGCUGUGAAGGCAUGCUGAUCCAACUCAAGUUUCUUAAGAGGCAGGACCUGCUCAACGUUCUGGCCAGGAUGAUGAGGCCUGUAUGUGACCAAGUGCAAAUCAAAGUGACUCUCAGCGACGACGACAUGGACACUUUUGUGUUUGCCGUGGGCACCAAGAAGGCCACGGCCAAACUCCAGAAGGAGAUGCAGGACUUGAGUGAGUUCUGCGGUGACAAGCCAAAGUCUGGGGCCAAGUAUGGGCUCCCAGACUCCCUGGCUAUUGUCAGUGAGAUGGGCGAGGUCACUGAUGGAGUGAUGGACAGCAAGAUGGUUCAUUAUAUCACCAACCAUGCUGACAAGAUCGAGUCCAUCCAUUUCUCGGACCAAUUUUCUGGUCCAAAAGUUAUGCAAGAGGAGGGUCAGCCCUUAAAGCUGCCCGAGACCAAGAAGUCACUGCUGUUUACAUUUAAUGUGCCUGGCAUGGGCAACACCUCUCCCAAAGACAUGGACUCUCUGCUUCCUCUCAUGAACAUGGUGAUCUACAGCAUCGAUAAAGUCAAGAAGCUCCGUCUCAACAGAGAGGGCAAACAGAAAGCUGACCGAAACCGGGCCCGCGUGGAGGAGAACUUCCUGAAGCAGACUCACGCUCAGCGCCAGGAAGCAGCCCAGACCCGCCGGGAGGAGAAGAAGAGAGCCGAGAAGGAGCGGAUCAUGAACGAGGAGGACCCUGAGAGACAGCGUCGUCUGGAGGAAGCAGCCCAGCGUCGUGAUCAGAAGAAGAUUGAGAAGAAGCAGAUGAAGAUGAAGCAGAUCAAAGUGAAAGCCAUGUGAAAUAACUUCCACAGGGAUACAAGCACACGUGAAAGUAGUGCUCGGGUUUUUUUCUCCAGCUUCUCUCACCACAGCUCUGGCUCACGGUUGCUCCAGCUCCAAAAACCGACAUCCUGUGCCUCUCGGUCUGUCAAGCGUCGCCGCUUGUGUCACCAACAUGCUCCAUUUUGGUGCGGCUACUCCUAAAAAUGACUGUGAUUGAACAUCCGUGUCAAACGAGAGGGACUUUUUCCACCAUCAAAUCUGUCUUCACUAUUCACAUUAUGAUGUCUAUAUUUGUUUUUCUUCUCAUCUAAAACUGUCUUCUCAAAAUUAAUCAAAGCUCUGUUUAAAAAGCUGUGCAUCUCGGUGAGCAUUUUUUUUAACUUAAUGUGCUAAGAAGGAACACACUAUUAGGUGGUAUUGAGCCACAUUUUUAAAAACUAAUGAAAGCAUUAGCAUUAAUAUAAUCUUUACCAAUAAUGUCGAGGAAAUUUUUAUUUUAUAUUUUGAUUUUGGUUUCUUUCAGGCUGUUUCUAAUGAAUAUCUGAGCAAACAUAAUAAAGUGCACUGGAGUCUGUUGGAAAA